CUCAAAUAGCUCAAUAGCAAGAAAACAGAUAACUCGAUUUAAAAAAUGGGCAAAGCACCUGAACAAGCAUUUCUCAAAAGAUGACAUACAAAUGACCCAUAGGUUCCUGAAAAAACAGUCAACAUCCCUAAUCAUCAGGGAAAUGCAAAUUAAAAUCACAGUGAUCUAUCACUGCACAUCUGUUAGAAUGGCUAUUAGACAAAAGACAAAAGAUAACAAGUAUCCUAAAGGUGCAGGGAAAAGGGAACCUGGGUAUACUGUUAUUGGGAAUGUAAAUUAUAAUAGUACAGCUAUUUUAGAAUACAGCAUGGAGGAUCUCAAAAAACUCAGAAUUACCAUACGAUCCAGCUAUCCCAUAGCAUUUCUAUGUCAUCAACACAUUAAAUUUACCCAUUCAGUUAUUCAUGUCCCAAACUAAUUCAUCCUUAAUUUUUUCUUUCCCUCAUGUCCCUAUUCAGUGUACCAAACUAUACUGAUUCUGUUUUCAAUUAUAUCCAGAAACUGACUACCUGUAUUUCCACUCCAGGCCAUGCCACCAUUGUUUCUCACCUGGACUGCUGUGACGGCCCCUCUCAUGUGUUCCUUUUCCUCUCUUGCUCCCUAGCAGUUCAUCCUUUACAUAGCAGGCAGAUCACACAAGUCCCAUAUUCCCUAGAGUGGCUUUCUGGCAAAGAGACUGAAAUCUAAAUCCCUUACCCCAGCUAUAAGGCUUCACAUACUGCCUACGGUAGCCCCCGACUUUAUCCAUGAAAAUGUCUCCCCGAAGUCUCUCCUGGCUCGGCAUGUUUCAGCAGUCACACCCUUCUUUCUGUUCCUUAAUGAUGCCACGUUCAUUCCCAGCUUGGGGUAUUUGCACAAGCUGUUUCCUCCACUCGAGGUGCCCUUUACCCUGGUCAGUUCCUUCUUGUAAUGUAAACUCCUGCUUAACUUCUUUUCUUAGAGAUCUCUUUCCUGACCUCUCAACCUACUCACUUUCUAUUCUGCCAGCUGGUUUUAAUGUUUUCUCCUGGUUCAACAACACUUACUCAUGUGGGAUAUGUUCUUAUUAUUUGGUAACUUGAUGUUUUCUUUGUUGAGGUGUAAGCUGCAUGAGAACAGAGGCUUUGCCUUUCUCAGUUACCACUGUGUUGCCAGCACAUAGAAGCAUGUCUAGAACAUAAUAGGUUCUCAGUAUAUAAUUGCUAGAUCUAUGAAUAAAAGUGUUGUGCUAUGAAUAAAAGUGUUGUGCUUAAGGUUGUCCCUUCCCAUCUUAUUUUACUCUCCAACAAGUAAAUAAAAUAUGCAUUCUAUUCCCACUUUUGGAGAUAAGGUAAUGGAGUGUUCAACUGAUUAAACCAACUGUUGAACUACGAUUGUGUAUUUCUCCUGCCUGUUUCAAACUUAGGGAUGCCAUCACUCAUGAUAAACGUGUAGGAGAAAGAACUUCAAAAAACAUGUUGCUGAUCUUUGUGUAUGAGUCUAUUUAUAUCUUAAAUACUUUCAAUUAAAGUUCUGAAAAUUCCUAGAAAGCAUGCUUUGUUAUUCCAUUUAAAUGGUUAGCCUGGUUAGACUAACCCUGAGACUGGCGGGAAUGGGGAAGAGUUCUAGAAGAGAAUGAGUUUCCAUUCAAUGUGUUUCAGUCUGUGAGUCCAGGAGUGCUUCUUUCUUUAGUGUAGAAGAACAUCAUUUCCUGUGUAGUUUUGUUGGGAAUUAUCAGUUUCAACUAGAAUUAUUGCAGCUGUCAGAAUAAGAAGCCAAAAGACCUGUCUUAGAUUUAAAAUAUGGCCCCAUCUGUGCUAAAUCUCACAGAUACAAUAUUUAUGUUUAUACAGAACAAACAAAAAUAAACAAAAAACUCUAGGAGUAUAAAUUAAGAGUGUAAACAAAUCCUAAAAACUGCCUAAGGCACUUAAGAAUUCAGGAAAACCGCUUUUUCAGAGAAGGCAAGCCUGUAGUUUUCUGGCUUCCACAGCAACUGCCUCUAUCCCAGUGUCUUAAAGGGAAAGUACUUUGUGAAAAUUGCAAAUCCUUGCCAUUGUUCUGGCUAUUAACUUUUAAAAAGUUGAUUGGUAGGGAGAUGGUUGUAUUAGCCUUGUUGAAAUAUGAAGAAACUGAGGCACUUCUUUCUCUUAGGACAAGACAGCAAAUUAGUUUUGGAGCUCUGUUGCCUGGAGGCAAUGUAGAGGGCUUAAGAUUUGUGGUUUCUAGGCUACUGUGUUUUAAAGGAGACAAUUAUGUAUCCUCAUUUCCAGAUACCUGAGCCCGUGCGCUGUACAGAAAAUGUAGCCAGUUUUAAGAAACAGCUUAUUUUCUACCUCUAAGCCCAUGAAGAAUACAUUUAUCCCUGACAAAAUAGUGUUGUCCCCAGGUGGUGGUAAAUCGUCAAGUCUGUUUAGAAUCAGGGUCAGCUUCUCACAUGAGCCUUUCCCCCGUGUAGCCUUCCUGAAUCUGAUUAACACCAUGUCAGGGAGUUGUCUGAUGUCUGACCUUGAGCAGCAUACUUCCCUCUCCCCACCUCCUUUUUUUGGGAAUCAUUCAUUUUGUACAGCCUCGGGCCCUGAGGUUCCUUCCCAGCAGGCUGGAGUGCACUCGCAAGUUCCCUUUAUUGGUAUCCGAAGGGUUUCAGACCCAGUGACCUGUCAUCUGUCUUCUCACCUGCUUACAUGCUGAUUCACUGAUGAGCUGGCAUCACAGGCCCCGCCUCCCUCUGAAUGGUCUGUGAGGUUGCAACUGCUUCUGGAGAGGGGAUGCCGAGCCGAACCAGAGCUGGGAUACUACAAGUGUGAACCGGCAGCCUAUCUGUUGCCACAGAAGAACUUGGUCACCACACUGAGAAGCCGUGUUUUCUCACCUCCCUGUUACUGUUGUAGCUGUAUCUGGCUUCUCUAGCAUUUUAAAGGAAUUUCUAAUUGAGGCGCUAACAGCUAAUUCCACAGGAGUUGUAAGGCAGCCUGUGCAUAAACUGAGACAGAAGUUUCUCCUGAGAGACUGUCUUUUUUAUAUUAUUAUUAUUGGCAAAGACUUCUGGCUCUCCUCAGAGGAAUACCUUGUUGCUUAAGAUGAGUGGCUGUAGAAAGCGGUGUAAACGGGAAAUAUUGAAAUUUGCCCAGUACCUUCUCAGACUAUUAACAGGUUCUCUUCAUACAGACAGCGUGGAAGAUGAACUGGAGAUGGCCACCGUCAGGCAUCGGCCUGAGGCCCUUGAGCUUCUGGAAGCCCAGAGCAAAUUUACCAAGAAAGAGCUUCAGAUCCUUUACAGAGGAUUUAAGAACGAAUGCCCCAGUGGUGUUGUUAAUGAAGAAACCUUCAAAGAGAUUUACUCGCAGUUCUUUCCACAGGGAGACUCUACAACAUAUGCACACUUUCUGUUCAAUGCGUUUGAUACGGACCACAAUGGAGCUGUGAGUUUCGAGGAUUUCAUCAAAGGUCUUUCCAUUUUGCUCCGGGGGACAGUACAAGAAAAACUCAAUUGGGCAUUUAAUCUGUAUGAUAUAAAUAAAGAUGGCUACAUCACUAAAGAGGAAAUGCUUGAUAUAAUGAAAGCAAUAUACGACAUGAUGGGUAAAUGUACAUAUCCUGUCCUCAAAGAAGAUGCUCCCAGACAACACGUUGAAACAUUUUUUCAGAAAAUGGACAAAAAUAAAGAUGGGGUUGUUACCAUAGAUGAGUUCAUUGAAAGCUGCCAAAAAGAUGAAAACAUAAUGCGCUCCAUGCAGCUCUUUGAAAAUGUGAUUUAACUUGUCAACUAGAUCCUGAAUCCAACAGACAAAUGUGAACUAUUCUACCAUCCUUAAAGUUGGAGCUACCACUUUUAGCAUAGAUUGCUCAGCUUGACACUGAAGCAUAUUAUGCAAACAAGCUUUGUUUUAAUAUAAAGCAAUCCCCAAAAGAUUUGAGUUUCUCAGUUAUAAAUUUGCAUCCUUUCCAUAACGCCACUGAGUUCAUGGGAUGUUCUAACUCAUACUCUGUGAAUAUUCAAAAGUAAUAGAAUCUGGCAUAUAGUUUUAUCGAUUCCUUAGCCAUGGGAUUAUUGAGGCUUUCACAUAUCAGUGAUUUUAAAAUACCAGUGUUUUUUGCUACUCAUUUGUAUGUAUUCAGUCCUAGGAUUUUGAAUGGUUUUCUAAUAUACUGACAUCUACAUUUAAUUUCCAGAAAUUAAAUUAAUUUUCAUGUCUGAAUGCUGUAAUUCCAUUAAUAUUAAUAUACUUUAAGUAAACAAAUAAGAUUACUACAAUUAAACACAUAGUUCCAGUUUCUAUGGCCUUCCUUCCCACCUUCUAUUAGAAAUUAAUUUUAUCUGGUAUUUUUAAACAUUUAAAAGUUUAUCAUCAGAUAUCAGCAUAUGCCUAAUGAAACUUAAUAAGCAUUUAAUUUUCCAUCAUACAUUAUAGCCAAAGCCUAUAUACUAUAUAUAAUUUUGGAUUUGUUUAAUCUUACAGGCUGUUUUCCAUUAUAUCAUCAAGUGGAAGUUUAAGACGGCAUCAAACAAAACAAGGAUGUUUACAGACAUAUGCAAAGGGUCAGGAUAUCUAUCCUCCAGUAUAUGUUAAUGCUUAAUAACAAGUAAUCCUAACAGCAUUAAAGGCCAAAUCUGUCCUCUUUCCCCUGACUUCCUUACAGCAUGUUUAUAUUACAAGCCAUUCAGGGACAAAGAAACCUUGACUACCCCACUGUCUACUAGGAACAAACAAACAGCAAGCAAAAUUCACUUUGAAAGCACCAGUGGUUCCAUUACAUUGACAACUACUACCAAGAUUCAGUAGAAAAUAAGUGCUCAACAACUAAUCCAGAUUACAAUAUGAUUUAGUGCAUCAUAAAAUUCCAACAAUUCAGAUUAUUUUUAAUCAUCUCAGCCAAAACUGUAAAAUUGCCACAUUACUAAAGACACACACAUCGUCCCUGUUUUGUAGAAAUUUCACAAAGACCAAGAGGCUACAGAAGGAGGAAAUUUGCAACUGUCUUUGCAACAAUAAAUCAGGUAUCUAUUCUGGUGUAGAGAUAGGAUGUUGAAAGCUGCCUUGCUAUCACCAGUGUAGAAAUUAAGAGUAGUACAAUACAUGUACACUGAAAUUUGCCAUCGCGUGUUUGUGUAAACUCAAUGUGCACAUUUUGUAUUUCAAAAAGAAAAAAUAAAAGCAAAAUAAAAUGUUUAUAA